AUGGGAGGUGGUACCAGUAUUUGGGUCUCGCCCGAGGCUCGGAGUGAUCCAAGCCAAAUCUACAAUGGCCGUUUGGCAUUUCUAGCGGCUACUAUCGCCAUGGCUGGCUGUUCCUAUGGUUUUGAUCAAGGAAACAUUGGAGGAGUCCUGACUUUGCCGACCUUCAAGCAUGCGUUCGGACUGGACAAUCUUACCAAAGAUGCUGCGGAUGCACGCAAAGGCAACAUUGCGUCUUUGAUAGCUGCUGGUGGUGCUGCAGGUGCUCUACUAUCUGCCCCAUUUGCCGACUUCUUAGGUCGCAAGUGGUCUAUGGUGCUCUACGGCUUAUUGUAUCUGUUAGGCUGUGCCUUUCAAGAGGUUCCCCAUCUCGGUCUCUUCUACGCAGGCAGGUUUCUUGCCGGUGUGGCAAUCGGGAGCAUGUCUGCUGGCGCCCCUCAGUUCUUGGCUGAGAACUCGCCCAAAGCGAUUCGUGCUUCAAUGACCUGUCUCUACAACCUGAUGAUUGUCACUGCUCUGUCACUGGCAUUCUGGACGAACUAUGGAGUCAGCAAAUGGAAAAAUGUCAACAUCACAGACAACACACAAUGGAUGUUAGCAUUGGGUAUUCAGCUUAUACCGGGAGGAUUCAUGGUGCUAAUGCUACCCUUUGUGAACGAGACGCCUCGUGCCUUGAUUGCACGUGGAAAGCGUGAGCAGGGUCUUAUCAAUCUCGUCAAGCUUCGCAAGCUCCCCGAAUCCCACCCCUAUGUUCAGCAAGAAUACAUGGAAAUAUGCGCACAAGUGGAUCAGGAGCAAGAGGUCGCGGCCGGACGCAACUAUUGGCUUGUGAUCAAGGAUGUUGCGCUUGUAGUAUCUAACCGGCGACGCUUUUUUCUCGCCAUCAUGCUUUUCCUUUUCCAUAAGCUGACCGGUACCGAUUCGCUCAACUACUUUGCUCCGGAAAUAUUCACUAUGAUCGGCGUGAAGGGUGGCUCUCAAGCCUUGUUCACCACGAGAAUUUAUGGUGUUGUCAAGCUUGUCACUGUGGUCAUCUACGUCGUCUGGAUUGUUGACCGCGUUGGACGAAGACUGCCCCUCAUCAUCGGCGCAUGCCUGCAGGCUACUGCCAUGUUGUACAUUGCACUUUACGUCCGAUUUGCAAAACCAGAGGUGGGCGGUGGCACCGAGGUGGGCGGUGUCUUUGGCAUCAUCUGGAUCUACAUCUACGCGUUUGGAUGGUCACUUGGCCACAGUGUGGCGUGCUAUGUGGUCGCUGCAGAGAUCUUCCCUUCUCGCAUUCGAUCUUUCUGCAUGAGCUGGUGCUUCUUCGUAAACUGGAUUGUCGAUUUCGGUAUUACCAAGGCCACACCAUCGAUGAUGACACAUCUAGGAUGGGGAACAUUCCUUCUAUACGCAGUCCUAACCUACAUCGGCGCUAUUUUCAUCUUUUUCCGUAUGCCGGAGAUGAAGGGUCGGUCUAUUGAGUCUAUGGACGACUUGUUCCAAUUUCCGAUCUGGUCUAUGUGGAGGAGGGCAUAUCCAAAGGAAGAAGACAAGACAUUUAAACUGAACACAGGUUCUGAUAUCCCCGGUGUGGGAUUUGGGACAUGGCAAGCAGCUCCUGGUGAGGCUGGCAAUGCAGUCAAAAUUGCUAUAAAAGCAGGGUACAGACAUCUAGACUGCGCUCCCCUAUAUUGGAACGAAGCGGAGAUUGGCCAGGCGCUCUCCGAAGUACUAAAAGAAACAUCAAUACCCCGAUCCGCAAUUUUCGUAAGCACAAAAUUAUGGUCCUCGCAACACGCAAACGUUGAACCUGCUCUUCGAAAAUCUUUGAAAGACCUCCAACUCGAUUAUGUUGAUCUCUACCUCAUGCACUGGCCAGUUUCACUUCCGCCAAACGACCCUUCACAACCUAACUUCGGCAAAGAAGACCGUACAGUCCAUGCCUCAGACUGGGACUUUACAAAAACGUGGGCUGAGAUGGAAAAGCUACUAUCCACUGGCCUUGUUAAAGCCAUCGGCGUGGCAAACUUUUCCACCGUCAACCUCGAGAAACUGCUCAAAACAGCAAAAGUUGUGCCUGCGGUUAACCAAACAGAGCUGCAUCCCCUGCUGCCUCAAAACAAGCUUCACAAUUUCUGCACGAAGCACGGCAUACACCAAACCGCAUUUGGGCCGCUUGGUGGUAAGGGCUCCACACUACACACGCACAAGGACGUGAUGGAGAUUGCAGAACAACGAAAGGCAACUCCCGCUCAGGUGCUUCUUUCUUGGGGGUUGAGCCGCGGGUGGAGUGUUAUCCCCAAAAGCGUCAACGCUGAAAGAAUCAAAGGGAAUCUAAAAGUUUUCGAGCUGAGUGCGGACGAGGUUGGCAGGUUAGACGAGCUGGCGAAGACAGAGGGAAGGAGAUUCAACAGGCCUAAUUGGGGCACAACGGUCUUUCACGAUGACGAUGAUAGCGUUGCAUAG